AUGCCUCGAGGAUGUCCCAACGACUGCAGCAAUCGAGGAAUUUGCUCUCAGGGUGUUUGUGACUGUCUAAACGGUCUAACUGGCAAGGAUUGCUCUACCAUUGAUAAUGUACCAAUCUGCAGUGGACACGGUGAAUAUCGUCAAGGCAAGUGUCAUUGUUUCCCCGAGUGGAAAGGACUCGAAUGCGAGACUCUCUGGUCCGAAUGCCAAGAUCCAACAUGUUCUGGUCAUGGGAGGUGUGUAACUGGAGAAUGUAUGUGCUUCGACGGCUAUGGCGGAGACAGCUGUCAGUUCAAGUCCUGUUCUUCACAAAAUUGCACUGGAAAUGGUGUCUGUGUUGACGGUGUUUGUCGAUGCUUCUCUGGCUGGGGCGGUGAUGCCUGUGACCAACAAGUGGCAUCUGAGUUCCCAGUUGGUGGUAUCGAAUUCCCCAACCAAUCCCAACAGAAAGACGACUCCGCUAAACAACCAUCACCAGAUGCCUCCUGUUCAUUCAACGGUUAUCGUGAUUCCAAUGGAAAUUGUCGAUGUUUCCGUGGAUUCGAAGGACCUAUUUGCGAGAAAGAUGCCACUUGUGCUAGCCGAUGCGUCCACGGCGUGUGCACUGGGGAUAGACGUAAACUCCUGUCCGGUGGACCGGAUCUUCCAGACUUGUUGCCUAUUGGGACAGCGCUCAUCGAUCCAGCCAUCUGCUAUUGCGAUGAUGGAUGGAGGGGCAUCAAUUGUGAUGUGCCAACUUGCAAUUCAAAGUGUCUACUCAAUGGUCAGUGCAUUAAUGACACUUGCGUUUGCAAUCGAGGUUGGUCUGGCGCUAGUUGCAACCUCAAAUUCCCUACGUGUGCGUCUUAA